CCAAACUCGAAACCGGCGCCGGUGAAUCGGCCCUCCUUCACCUUCAUCGAACAUGACGAUGACUUGACUUCCAAAAGGAUCAAGGAUGUCAACGCGCGCAAGGCCAUCCGUUCUCAUGUCAUGCGCGAUGUGCGCCGACGGGAGAGGCUUGCCGGGUUAAAGAGAACCUCAAAACGUGACGGCCGGCACCCAGGUGCCUCGGAGGCACCAUACCAUGCUAUCGAUAGAUCAGACGAGCGACGGCUGGUGCUGAGAGCCUCAUCCUCCACCUCAUCCGUGGAGACCGGGUCCGGGGAUAGCUCUACCGGCUCAAAGUCCCGACGCGGGCGCCCCGUCAGGUGGAGUGCUGGCUAUCGCCUGCCGUUCCAGACAAAUCCCAGUCCACGGUCGUUGCCGACGUCCUGGUUCUUUGAUCCCUUUUGUGCGUUGCCGGGUACCAGUGAGCUUCCUUCCACGGUGGCGCACCUGGUGUUCUACUGGAAAUCCGUGUUUGUCCCCAUGACCUUCCCCAAUGUAGACAAAAUCACUAAAGCCCAUACCUCGAUAAUGGAGUUGAUGGUCCAAUCCUCGUUCUCGGACCCAGGCAGCUUUUUUGGAUUAAUGAGCAUGUGUGCUGCCCAUCGAGCUGUUCUCACGGCUCUUCACACGCCGGGAGGGGCGAACCGAGUCUUGAAUGACCCCGACUAUUGUAUAAUGAAGGCCAAAUCUAUCCGGGAGAUGAAUGCCAAAGUGCGCGAUCCCCGCCGCGCGCUCAGCAACGAGGCAUUUGAUACCAUUAUCAACCUCUUGACAGGCUCGUUGAUCGUUGGUCUGUUUGACGAAGUUCGCAUUCAUUUGACCGGUCUCAAGCGCAUGGUAGAAUUACGCGGGGGCAUCACAGAUGAUAGCAUCCGGUCAUCCUCGAUGUUGUCUGCAAUCAUUACCGCCGACGUCAAAGCUGCCUCAGGUCUUAUGACAAAACCCGUCUUUCCUUUGACCUGGGAUGCACAACCGGUUCCGCAAGAGGUCCAGCAGCGAAUAAGGCCUCCCGCGUCAUCGCCUCUCAACAAAAUUGGCUCCGGGUUCUUUGCGAAUACGCUUCUCAGCCCGCCCUUGCUUCGGAUUUUGAACGUGCUCCGGGACAUGGUCUUCUUUAGUAUUGCCUACCGAACGACUCCCGCGGUCAUCCAUGCUACCGAUCCGGAUUUCUUCCGUGUUCUCAAUUGUGAAGCUGAGCAUCAACUUCUCAGCUAUGUCUUUACAGAGGACUCAGGGCCAAAGAGUAUUUCUUCCGGCUCGGAACUAGACCUCCAUCCUAUCGAGGCUGUUACCCGCGUUGCUUCGAUCUGCUUUCUUAAUGAUUUUCUCAUCGUCUCGCCUUCCUCGUCUGGCCUAGGUCGAGCUCUCACAAAGCAUCUCAAGGCAGCCGUGAGUAAUUGCAAGCUAUCAUUUCUCGUCCGUUUGGCCAAAGAGAAUUUUGGACUUUUUGUCUGGGCAUUGUUCAUCGGGGCUCAGGGUUCUCUCGGGCAUCCCGAGAGAUCAUGGUUUGUGGAGCAGCUUGGCCGCGUCGCAAUGAUUUGCGGAUGGCAAUCUUGGGAGCAGGUCUCCGAAAUUCUGUCCGACUACUUCUUUGUUCCCUCAAAGGCGAACUGGAGAUUCAUAUGGGACGAAGCGAUGACCGGGUUUGUGAUAUCCGAGGUGUAA